CGGGUUGAUCAUCAUACUGCAGGAGCCGCGAACCGUUACCGCUGUCCCUACACAAAGUCCCCGUGGACACCUGGGCAAAUGUGGUUGAUUAAUACGAGCCAUCCCGUUUUUGGUUAGCGCGGCUCAGACAUUCCACCUUCCCGAGGUCAGCCUGCCCUCUAGUAUCACACUUCCCUCUGAUACUUAUCCCAAGUUAUACCAUGGGUGACCUAUCAUGGGGUGCAACACCUUAUCCGCUUCUCCCUACCUGCAGGGUCUGUCUUGGCGGUGUCCCCGUCCGCAUCUCAGACCUCGAAAGAAGCUCCCAAGCUGGCUGUGCCUUUUGCGCUCUUCUAGAUCAAGGCAUCGCGCGAAUUCGACCGCAGCUUACCGAGCAGUUAGAUUACGGUGAGAAGUUGGAUGCCGUCUAUAUCUAUGCCAGUAAGACGGACGCGCACUUUGUGGUCGAAUUGGGAAGCUGGUCCUUUGGGUCUAGUGCAUCUCUGGAGGUCCAUUUCGAGGUAUUCGUAGAUACCUCUACAACAAAUCUCGGAGCCCUUGUUCCCACAUACAAUAUACCCCGCGAUGUGCCUACCCGGCUUAACCUCGCGCGUGUUGUCUCCUUCAUUCGAAAGUGGAGCUCUAGCUGCGAUAGGUUCCAUCCAUUUUGCAGUAUAGAAGGCAUACCAGAGCUCCCCAAGCGCGUCAUGAGCAUAUCUUCACGCAACAAUCAACCAAUCAAGUUAGUGGAGCUUAGCGGAGUUCAUGCUCCGUACAUCGCACUCAGCUACUGUUGGGGAGCUUCGAAUACUGCUUUGAAGACAACGUCGGAAACGCUACCCAUCCAUAUGGCCGGAAUCCCGCUCGAGUCGUUUCCGAAGACAUUUAAGGACGUCAUCGCCAUUUGCAGAGCUCUGGAUAUACGCUAUCUAUGGCUCGACGCUCUGUGUAUUAUCCAGGACUCGACGGAAGACUGGGAGGUAGAAUCCGCCAAAAUGACUGACAUCUACUCUAAUUCUUAUCUCACUAUCGCGGCCUCUUCCUGUGCAGAUACUGCGCAUGGCCUAUUCUCAGAUAGAUGGACUUUGAUUCUGAAGCGCGACGAACCACUAUGCCGCAUCGAAACUGGAUCUGUUGCUGUUGAACGCGGAAACGACACUUUCCGACUGCGGCCGCGGCUUUUUACCGCCCACACGCGAUUUGCUCAGCUGGAUAAUGCUCAUCACCAUUCUGCGGAUGCUCCGCUCCUAACGAGGGCCUGGGCAUAUCAGGAACGAUUGCUCCCUUCUAGGACGCUGCAUUUUCUCGCUGAAGAGCUUGUAUGGGAAUGCAAAACGGACCUUCGAUGCGAGUGCCGCGCUCUGGAUGACAGGAGCCUGAUAGCCGCAGAAUUCGAAGGCGACAAGCAGUUCAAGCAAACCUGGCAUGGAGGAUGGCUAAAGCCUCUCGUCGCUAAAGUGGAACGGCCAGGCCUCAUUUACGAGGAUUUUUCAAUGAUCUGGAUGGACCUAGUUUCCGAAUUUACGAGGCUAGAUCUGACCUACGAAAGUGAUCGUUUGCCGGCGAUUUCCGGUCUGGCAGCUAAACUCACGAAUACCUGUCUUGGAGACUAUCUUGCGGGAAUGUGGACUAAUAUGUUUCCCGUGGGCUUGCUUUACGAAAGCAGAUGGAGCGCUGGGGAUUUUCCCGGAGAUCCCAAAUAUCGACCGCAGGCGCCAACUUGGUCGUGGGCGUCUAUUCCUCUGUCCGGGUCGAACGGGAUUUAUUAUGAUCGCACGCUAAGUAGGCGCUUUAAGAGAUGCCCAUACUUCAAGGUGCUCAACGUAACAGCCAAAGUUCUGGGAAAGAACCCCUUUGGCUGGGUGCAAAAUGCUCUACUAAGUGUCCGUGCACGAUCGGCGAAGUGCGUCGCGGUCAAGGGCCGGGACGGCGCCAUGCGCUUAGAGAGAAUUUCACGGGAGGAUGAUCCAGCGCACCUGGUCCUGGAUAUUCCUAAUUCUGUGGAAAACCAUACAAGGAUCAUAUUUCUCUACCUAGGCUCGGGUCAAGGGCUCGCCCUCCAGAAGGUAUCCAAUGUCCGACACGAAGCCACGACCUACCGCCGUGUUGGCAUUGCGAGAUUCCCUCUAGAUAUGCAAUGGAGGAAUGUUGACUGGGAAGACGGCAUGGAAAUGAGGGAUUUUGACCUGGUAUGAGACACUGGGCCGGCCAAGACGCCUUUCUCUCCGUUGCUCCGGCACCGACGUCUCCCUCGAAUUCCUCAGUGGCCGGACAGUAUACCGCCGGCACCGGAGGGGUGAAAGUAUAGUGUCUUCUC